CCGGAGCCUCCGGGGGUGGGGGGAACGCUCAGGGCCAGGUGUGGGGACCCAGAUAAAACAUGGCGGGACGACCUAUCCGCAUAGGGGACCAGCUGGUACUGGAGGAAGACUAUGAUGAAACCUACAUUCCCAGUGAACAAGAAAUAUUUGAAUUUGCCAGGGAAAUUGGAAUCGAUCCCAACAAUGAACCAGAAUUAAUGUGGCUGGCCCGAGAAGGCAUUGUGGCUCCACUCCCCAUGGAGUGGAAACCAUGCCAGGACAUCACAGGUGACAUUUACUAUUUCAACUUUGCCAAUGGUCAGUCCAUGUGGGAUCACCCAUGUGAUGAGCAUUAUCGGAACCUAGUGAUCCAGGAACGGGGAAAGCUGUCGACUCCUGGUGCCAUCAAGAAGAAAGAUAAGAGAAAGAAGAAGGACAAGAAGGACAAGAAGGACAAGGAACUUCCCAGAAGUCCCAUGGCCCUGGGUUCUUCCUUAGCCCCAGUUCAUGUACCCCUGGGAGGCCUUGCUCCAUUACGUGGUCUCAUAGAUACAUCAGCCCCAACCUUACGUUCAUCCAUGAGUAUCAACUUGGGAAGCUCAAUGGAAUCCUCUCAGCCUGUGGAAACUGCCCAGCUUCCACAAGGCCCCAAGACUUCUCCCCACACCAAGAGUCUCCUGGGCUCCAUCCAUGAGGAGAAGAACCCUCUCAGCCUGCUGGCUCUUGGGGAGGAGACCAAUGAAGAAGAGGAGAGUGAUAAUCAGAGCCUCCGAAGCACGGCUGGACUCCUCAAGAAUCUACACCUGGAUAUUGGGGUUCUGGGGGGCAAUUUUGAUUAUGAGGAGUCUCCAAGAAGCCAAGCAGAAGAUAAGAAGGAAACAUCUCUGGGUUCAGAUGUCCCCUGUCCCCAGACUUCUGACAGGCACUCCAGCCGUGAUAUAGAUAGCAGCCUGGGCAGUGCAGAUGGUGAAGGCCAACGAGGGAAGUUGGCAAGUGCUUACCUCCCAGGCAAGGAAGAUAGUGAGAAGGGUGAUCCUGGGGCCUCCCGGCUGCAAAUGAGCCAAGGAGUAGACUCAGGGACUGGUGAAAAUACUGGAGCAGCCAGCAAGAAAUCAUUACAAGACCCAGUUGCUGUUGGAGAGGUGGGCUUUGAGAAAGAAGAGGUACUGAAUGUACUAGAGAAGGAGUUGCCAGAGCUGAAAACAGAGAGCAGAUCGGAUGUUAAUGAAGAGUCAGAGGUCAGUGACCAUGUGCAAGAGUUGCAGUUCUCAGACCAUUCUAAUCCCAAAUCAUUUCUUGGCUUGGACUUUGGUUUUCGAAGUCGGAUCUCUGAACAACUGCUGGAUAUAGAUGGAUUAUCCCCAGCCCUGGAUGGACCCAAAUGGGAGACCAAGGGCCCAAGAGAAGAGGAAAAAGAUCCAAGUCAAUCCGACCUGGAAGAACCAGAAAGUGAACAAUCCAAUGAUGAAGAGAGAAUUCUGGGUACAGACCCACCUGCCAGUAUCUCCAGUCAUCAUUCACAUGCAGAGAAGAAAAUUCCAAGUCCUUUUCAAGUCCAAGAGGUAGAAGAAAAGCAGUGUUCCCUUGAGGUGGAGCCUAGGGAGACAGAGGAAGCUGAGGAGAAUGUGUUGGCCAGCCCAACUUCACAGACCUCUUCCCUUAAGAGUGAACGGAUCAUCAGUCCCUCUCCUGACCAUAAGGUGGAGGAAGAGCCACAGUCCACAAAGGUUGAACGUGAGCAGAAAAAGGCUAAAGAACUUGAGGAUCUGAUGACCAGCCCAAUCUUGCCAGGCUCCCGAGAAGCACUCAUCCUAGAAUCUGUAACACUUCAGAGACAGACCUUAGGGGAUUCCCUAAAGAUUAUAGAAGAGAGGACAGUCCAGGAUCUGGAGGAAGAGCGAGCACGACUGUUAGAGGAUCGGAGACAGAAGAUGGAACGGCUUCGGGAGGAGCUGUGGCGAGAGGAAGAAGAGGAGAGGCAGAGACUUGAGCAGCAGAAGGACAAGUCCCUCAGGUCUCUGAGGGAGCAACUUAAGAAAGCAACUGAGGAGGAAGAGGCUCGAGUGAGAGAAGAAGAGAAUCAGAAGCUUUCUAAACUCCGAGCUCAGAUCCUAGCGAGUACAGAAACACAUGAGCAUCAGAUUAGGGCAGAGCAAGAAGCUUCACUACAGAAAGUAAGAGAAAACUUGGAGUCAUUGCAGAAGGCUGAGAAGUCUAGCCUGGAACAGAAAAAGAAGCAGAUGCUAGAGAGACUUAAGGAGGAGAUAGAGGAUAAUGAAAAGAGAGAGAAAGCCCUCUUGGAAGAAGAGAAUGAAAAAGCAAUGAGUCAACUGAGAGAACGGCUGGAAGAUAAAAGGAAGGAGGCUCUGGCAUCUCUGGAGAAGGAGCAUGCAGGCAACCUGGAGAGGCUUCAGACUUCAGCUGAAGAGAAGCACCAUGAGGUCAUUGCUGGCCUGAAAAAGCAGAUAGAAGAGGUCCAUCGGAGGGAGGAGGCCCAGCUACAGGAAGAACUGGGCCAGGCAGAACAGAGAAUCCAACAGAAAAGUUACCGAGUGACCGAGUAUGAAAGAGAGCUGAGUGACCUCCUGAGAGACAAGAGGGAGGACGUGGAGAAGGAGCAUGAGCGGAGGCUGGACAGAAUGAAGGAGGAGCAUCAGCGAGUGCUGACGGAGGCCAGGGAGCAGUAUGAUGAUGAGGAGAGGAAGCAGCGAGCGGAACUUCGGACAAAUCUGUCCAGUGAGAUGGAGCGUCUGAGGCGGGCUCAUGACCGGGAGCUGGAAACUGUGCGGCGGGAACUGGAAAGGCAGCUCAGCGAGAUCCGGCUCAGACACCGAGAGCAGGAAAGGAAGCUUGAGGAUUUAGAAGCAGACUUCGAAUCCAGAAAUAAAGAUAUCAAAGCCAGAUUGGUCCAAUUGGAUACGCAAGAGGAAACCAUCAGAAAGAAGAAGCAGCAGCUUCUAGAUGUAGAGAAGCAGAUUGCCUUGGAGAGAGAGGAAGCUACAGCUACCCACCAGCAGCUGGAGGAAUCAAGGAAAGAGCAAGCCCACCUGGCGGAGUCCACUCGGCAGUUGCGCCGGACCCUGGAGGAUCUGCGGUCAAAGAAGGUUGAGCUGGAGUCCCAGGUAGAGGUGCUCCAGGCUCGGAUUCAGAGGCUGCAGAGACGUAUGAGUGACCUGGAGGUGGAGACCCAGAGGAAGCAGGAUGUCUUAAAUGAGCUAGCUGUUGAGGAGAUCACCGCCUCUCCUCGCCGUGAUGGAGAACUCCAUCUGGAAGACCUGAGGAAGUCCUUGGGGACGACCCUCGAUAAGGAGCUCACUGCUGGCGCCACUCAGAACAAUGAGGAGAGCCCUCCCCAGUUGGAUAACCUCCGCCACUACCUCUCCUCUGAGGGCAUGUCCCUUCGCAGUGCCAGGGAAUUCCUGGUCCGGCAGACACGCUCCAUGAGGAAGCGGCAGACGGCUCUAAAGGCUGCCCAGCAGCAGUGGCGCCACGAUGUUGCUGCUGCCACUGCCGCCGCCGCUGCUGCCCAGCUGACCUCUGAAGAUCUGCCCAAUUCUCAUGCCCUGGAAGAUACGCGGAAGAGCAUAGAGGAGGAGACAAAAAAGCUGGAUGAGAUGAAGUCAGCCAUGCGCAAGGGCCAAGUUCUGCUGAAGAAAAAGGAGGAGAAGCUGAGUCAGCUAGAGAAUUCUCUCCGGGAAGAGCUUUCAGAUGAGGACACCCUGAGAGGAACGCCCGGAAGAAAGGUGGUAACAUUUGACCUUAGUGAUUUUGAAGACAGCAGUAUCAGCUUGGAGACUUCCCCUCUGCCCCACGGGGAUCCAAUGUCAAAUAUACCUUUCUCCCAGUUCAGCAAGAUCCAGUACUUAAGCAACUCCUUACAAAGAAUCACCGGUGAACUCAAUGGGGUACUGACUGUCUUGGGCACCCUCAGCAUCCAGCCAUCACCCAUAUUAACUUCAACACAAGUCCAGAUGCCUCCCAUGCCUUCCAAGACCACUCCUGUCUCUACGCACCCUUCUUUGACCAGACUUUCAGUCCCCACUUCUUUGGCUCCAUCCUCUGGUAUCCCCCUUCCCAAUCAGUGGGCCUGGGGCCCUAAAGUAAGCUCUGGGCUCUCCUCUUCAGUUGCUCAGUCAGUGGACAACUUUCUGGUGGAGAAAUGGCACAAAUAUUUCCCAGCUGGAGUCCCAUUACUUAGUGGCAGCCCAGCCCCUUUGGACAAUAGGUUGGGCUAUGUAUCUGCCAGUGAUCAGCUCCGCCUGUUACAUCGCUCCCACUCCCAGAUCUCUCAAAGCAGUGGUUCCAACUUUCAAGGCAUGCUUGAUUCCAACAGGAAGUGGCUGGAACAUAUAAAGAAGGACCCCAAGGUGCCUCUUUUCUCCUCCUCACCUAAGCCCUCGGCUACCUCUAACCUGCUGCAGCUGGGUCUGGAUGAGUACAACAAGCUGAAGGUGUAUCACUAUUAAGGUCCCCAGGCCAGUAGGGCACAGGGCUCUCCAGCCCCCCUCGUCUUAGACCAAGUGCCUCAGGAGCUACCUGCACUUUAUUGUCCCUGAUCCAUCAUUCCUCUGCUGUACUGCCUGACCCUCUCAGGACUUUGGGGGAGGGCAGAGGAGUGACAAUGGGGUAGGGGAUAGUGGGAGGAAUAGAGCAAGCUACACCCUCUGAGAGAACCCCAUUUCAAAUGGAGAAGUUUUGAGCUUCCAUGACCCACUAGGACCUGCAGUUUCAUGCCAGUGCGGAUGAGCCCUCGACAACAGCCCCAGUGGAAGGAGGAGGUGGGGUUGGACACUUUCACAGGGACCUGAUGUCAGAAAGCCGAGGGGAACCCCUUCAGGGAGUGGUCUUAGCCCUUCCAGAGGACCUGGUUCUCUAGGGUAUUUUGCAGAGGUCCAGAGUAGCCAGUUUUUUUAACUCUUGAUGUCCUGGGGCAGAUCAAGGUAUGGAUGACUCUGCUCUCCAAAGCAUGUUUACCCCAGGACGUGGUGCUUCUUAGGGGACUGGCUCCCUUCUGAAUCUAUUUCCUUUGAGCUAAUACCUCAGCAGAGGGACACCAGACCUUCUGUGUGUGUUUUUUUUUUUUAAUGAUUCCAUUUUUGCACAAUGACUUGGUUUCUAUUUGGGGCUAUCUCAGGUUUGUGGUCAGCUUCACAGUCUUUCCCUGAGGCCGAUUGACGUGGUGUCCCUGAGAACCCAAGGCAACCAUGACUCUUCCCCCAGCCUUUGCCGUGUUUGCCCUAGGUGACUGAGGGAAGCACCUUCCACUUUUAUCCCUGGGUUCUCGACAACAGAAUGGCCCUCUCCUUGUGCUUGGGGAAAGGAGGACCUUGGGAUCGAACUCCAUGGGAAGAUGAAGCCAGGGACAGACCUCUGUAGGGGUCCCAUUCCAUGACCCUCAGGCAUUAAGGUUAUGGCUUUCCCUAGAUGGACAGAAAGCCGUUAGGGAUGAAGCUGGGGCUCUCCUUGGCCUCAUUCCAGUUAUUUCAUUUCUCAGGUCACCUUGUGUAUUUGUCGGCCUUUGCUUUCCUCCUGCCUUUCUCACAGGGCUUGUUUGGAUAAAAACAAUUGCAUUUCAGCCAACAUUCUUUUCUCCUUUCUGCCCCUUCUUCCUCCUGGCCUGCCCUUCCCCUCUAGUUUUGCUGUAGACAACGAGGUUUCUUGUACCAGUUGAAGUCUCUGAGUGAGGGGGGAAGAGGAGAGAGAUUGAACAAUCAGACGAGGGGGUCUGGAGCUGUCCGGGCCCUCAAAGGAGGGCUUCCUGCAAGUCCCCUUCAAUCAGCUGACCAGACAAACCGGCUCUUGAUGGGGUUUGGUGGGGACUUCUGGGAAGUUCAUCUCACUGUUAUAAAUAAGAAGUCAACAUUUUUCUUUCUUUAUGGCUGUGGAAUUGUGCUCAGCACUUCUCAGCAUGGAAACCAACUUCUCAUCCUCUUUCUCAUGGAGGAGAAACCUAGGGACCAGAUUGCUCACUCCCUCAGGCACUAUACCGAGUCACAAGCCCGCCCUCGCAGAGGUGUCCCUUUUGUUACUUGACUGAUGCUGUGUGGUUUUGGAAUGGAAUGGCUUGUGUGUUCUUAACAGCUGUGGUGACAAUCAAUCCAGCUUGUCUUGCCCCAUGUUUUCUAUAUCAAUUAAACCUCCAUGGGUCAUUUUUCUACAA